GAAGACUGAAGAGCUGAAAGCGGAAAUUACAGUCAGUGUAUUCUGGCUGAGAUCAGAAAACACUGGGGAAGUCCACGGCCCCGGAGCCAUCGCCAGCCUGAAAAGAGGCCAGUCGGGACACAGCUGUGUGUGCUCCCAGCUGCAAAGGAGGCUCAGGGACAGAGAGACAUGGCCUGGAGACUGAUACCACUUCUGCUGCUGUUGGCCUGGACAGCCUCCAUGUGCAGGGCCCGGACCAGGACAGACCUGCUCAACGUCUGCAUGGACGCCAAGCACCACAAGACAAAGCCAGGCCCUGAGGACAAGCUGCAUGAUCAGUGCACUCCCUGGAAGGAGAAGGCCUGCUGCUCAGCCAGCACCAGCCAGGAGCUGCACAAGAACAUCUCCCUCCUGUACAACUUCACUGUGGACCACUGUGGCAAGAUGGAGCCCGCCUGCAAGCGCCACUUCAUCCAGGACAACUGUCUCUAUGAGUGCUCACCCAACCUGGGGCCCUGGAUCCAGGAGGUGAACCAGAGCUGGCGCAAGGAGCGUUUCCUGCACGUGCCCCUGUGCAAAGAGGACUGCCAGCGAUGGUGGGAGGACUGUCGCACCUCCUACACCUGCAAGAGCAACUGGCAAAGGGGCUGGAACUGGACCUCAGGAAUUAACCAGUGUCCAACCGGGACCACCUGCCGCACAUUUGAGACCUACUUUCCCACGCCUGCAGCCCUGUGUGAGGGCCUCUGGAGUCACUCCUACAAACUCAGCAACUACAGCCGAGGGAGCGGCCGCUGCAUCCAGAUGUGGUUCGACCCGGCCCAGGGCAACCCCAAUGAGGAGGUGGCGAGGUUCUAUGCCCAGGCCAGGAGUGCCGGGGCCCUGCCCCGAGGGGUGGAGCCUCUCCUGCUCAGCCUGGCCUUGAUGCAACUCUGGCUGCUCGGCUGAGUCUAGCCCUACCCAGACGUCCUCUCUGCAUGUCCCCAGUGUUGAUGACCAAGCUGGGCAUAGAGGGAGCCCUAAGCGUGCCUCCAUCCAUUAUCUAUCCUUCUGUCAUCCCAUUCCUGCUCCAUGGCGGGCCUUGGGGUUUCUCUGGCAGUCAGCUCAAAUAAAAAGCCUGACACAUCCAGGGGCACUUGUGUGGCUCAGUCAUUAAGCGUCUGCCUUUGGCACAGGUCAUGAUCCCAGGAUCAAGCCCCACUCUGGGAUCCCUGCUUGGCGGGAAGCCUGCUUCUCCCUCUCCCACUCCCCCUGCUUGUGUUCCCUCUCUUGCUGUCUCUCUCUCUGUCAAAUAAAUAAAUAAAAAUAAAAUAAAAGAC